GAGCAGCAGCAUCACGCUGACCUCUGCCUGGGAUGUAAACCGGGCCAGCCGCUGCGGGCAGAGGAAGGCUCUCGUCGGCUCUGGGAAACCCAGCCCCACCACCGGGAUCCGAGCGGCUCGCAGCGAGCGGCGGCAGCCUCGAGCCGGGCAGCGCCCAGCGGCGGCUGCGGGAAGCGGAGGGAGCCCGGCGCGGGCGCGGGCGCGGGCGGGAAAGCGUGCGUCCGUUCGCACAGACAGCGGGAGGAGGGGCGGCGCGAGCCAUGGCUGGGGACAGCGAGCAGACCCUGCAGAACCACCAGCAGCCCAACGGCGGCGAGCCCUUCCUGAUCGGCGUCAGUGGGGGCACGGCCAGCGGCAAGUCUUCCGUCUGUGCUAAGAUUGUGCAGCUCCUGGGACAGAAUGAGGUGGACUAUCGCCAGAAGCAGGUGGUCAUCCUAAGCCAGGAUAGCUUCUACCGUGUCCUCACUUCAGAGCAGAAGGCCAAAGCCCUGAAGGGCCAGUUCAAUUUUGAUCACCCGGAUGCCUUUGACAAUGAACUCAUCUUCAAAACACUCAAAGAAAUCACUGAAGGGAAAACAGUCCAGAUUCCCGUGUAUGACUUUGUCUCCCAUUCCCGGAAGGAGGAGACGGUCACCGUCUACCCCGCGGACGUGGUGCUCUUCGAAGGGAUCCUGGCCUUCUACUCCCAGGAGGUGCGGGACCUGUUCCAGAUGAAGCUUUUCGUGGACACAGAUGCGGACACCCGGCUCUCCCGCAGAGUAUUAAGGGACAUCAGCGAAAGAGGAAGGGACCUUGAGCAGAUUUUGUCUCAGUACAUUACGUUCGUCAAGCCUGCCUUUGAGGAAUUCUGCUUGCCAACAAAGAAAUACGCUGAUGUGAUAAUUCCUAGAGGUGCAGAUAAUCUAGUGGCCAUCAACCUCAUCGUGCAGCACAUCCAGGACAUCCUGAAUGGAGGGAUCUCCAAACGGCAGACCAAUGGCUAUCUCAACGGCUAUACCCCUUCACGCAAGAGGCAGGCCUCAGAGUCCAGCAGCCGGCCACAUUGACCCCCGUCUCCUUCAGACCCUGGCCCCUAUCUUCAAGAGACAGGAGGAGGGGUUAGAAGGCACUGUUCAUCUGUACAUAUGGUUUCCUAUGACAUUGCUGUAUUUAAGAAAACACCAUGGAGAUGAAAUGCCUUUGAUUUUUUUUUUUUUUUUUUGUACUUUGGAGCGGCAAAAUGAAACAGAACUUGACCCUGAGCUUAAAUGACAAACUGUGCCAACUACUACUGGUGAUGCCUAAUUAUGAAUCCAACGUGUAACCAGUUAUAAAUACAUAUAUAUAUAAAAGGAUCUAUUUUUGUGUAAAUGUACAAAUACUGUAAAGCUGUUUGCCAUAAGUAUUUUGCAGGAGGACCUGUACUGGAGUGUUUUGGGACUGGAGCUGGCGUCUCACUGAGGGGAAACUGCCUAUUGUGUUGCAGGUGGGGGAGGCUCAGGCAUCUGUGUGGGAGAUGGGGGGGCGAGGACCGAGGCUCAUGUCUCAUUGCUCUGAGUGCCUGUGGGGCUCAGUGGGAGUGGAGUUGGGAACCUUUGAUUGCCUUCCCUGCCAGAUGCCACCUUCUUGGAGUGGAGCUCAAUGACAGUCGAUGAGAAAUACUCUUUUCUUUUUUUCUGAGUUGAAAUUGGGUGAGACCUCCACUCAAAAAUCAAACUCAGGGAAGAGGCCCACUGAGAACAAGUCUUCUGCAUUUUCUUCUUGCCCUGUGCCCCACCUCUGGCUGCUUGGGGAGCUCCACACCUCCUUCCUUACUCUCCCACUUCCAAGAGCCAGAGCUGCCUCUCUCUUCUUACCUGAUACAGGUUGGAUGGGGUCGCUUCCUGAGAGAAUUGAGAAGGAGGGAGGAGAACCGUGCCUGUUGAGUGGUCCUCCUGCCUCCCAGGGAAGUCUCUGAUCACAUUCCUUGGCCUCUUCCCUGGACUGUGGAGUGCACAAUUGGCCCCUUGCAGCCUGGGCUUGGGUUGAGGACUUCUGCUGGCAGAAGGACACCUGGCUGCCCCUCACAGGGUGGCAGGAGAGCUCUGCCCAUGUAGGGAGUAGUCGCUUUUGUUUACCAAGAUGUGGGGAUUUGCAGUGAGAUAGCAUGCACCUUUCAGCAGUGAUUGUCACCAGCAGCGUCACAGCCCAGCUGAUUUGGGCAUGUAGAGCAGGGAAGAGGAAAUAGAGUAUUUAAGUCAUAGGUUGGAGUCUUAGGUUGAAAACACUUGGGGUGAUGAAUUCCAGCUUUCCUGGGGGCUCCCUCUUGGUGGAAAUUUCCUUCUUUGCAAAAAGUACAGAUUCCUCAAGAUUGUUGGUGGAGGGGUGGAGGAAGCGGUGGGGGGGCAUCAAGCGAGAUGGAGGAAGUAUGAUUAUAAGUUUUAAAGCCUGAGCUUUUAACUGCAGAAGAGCCAGAGCCUUGUCAUUUCAGUGUUGACCAUUUCAGUGCCUGGUAGGCCACGCCCUGAGUUAUUUCAUGUGGCUGCCACUGACCAGAACAUUAUGGGGAACCUUUCUCCUUCUAUUGCUUUCCUAGGCCAUUGGAGCCAUUCAGAUACAUCUGAUGCCAUUACUCUCUGGUCACCCUGAACUGUCCCUUUAAACUCAGCACCAUCCCCUUCGAUUCCCCUUUUCUGGACUCAGUUUGAUUCUAAACUCUGUUUUCACUGCUUUCAAAAAGUCAGACAUAAUCUGCAACAGAGCUUUGCCACCCCGAGACAUUCAGGAGACUGUGCUACAGGCCCUGGAGGGAGCUCCCAGCAGCAGCAACCGCCUGAUUGGAUCAAGGGAAGGCCCCCGAGGUGCCUCUCUGAGGGCUGGGACUCACCAGGAUGUAUGCGUUCUGGACUGUGUGUUUCAGAAUCAGUAUUUAUCUUUCUAGUCAUGCCCUUGUAGGGUUCUGAGAUGCAGAGUGGAUGGCAGGCCUGGGUAGGAUCCUGAGGACCCAAGGGCCUCUUGCCUUCAUGGGGCUGGUGUGUGCUCAGGGGAAGCCCAUCCCUGUCUGGGGGAGCCCUGGCCUUUUGGUGGGUGGUACACUCCCCUUUACUUGAAGCUCCCAGGUGCCAAACCAUUUAGUGCCUUGGCUGUGUAUCCCACUGCCUUGGAAGAUGGAUUCUUCACAUCUCUGAGCCUUGACUCACUUAGCCGCUUCCUCAUCUACCUGUGGUGUUGGGACCAAGCCUCCAGUGGCUCUAAGUAGCCCAGGCCUAGCUUGGGAGCAGCUCUAGGGCUGUCCUGCCUCCUGGUAAGACCAUCACCAGUUCUUGGUGGCUUGGCUGGGGGAAUAGCUGUGCUCACUGGGCAGCGCUGGUGAAUCCUCUGGUUCUGUGACACACUCUGAGGCGAAGAAGGGAUGGGAAGCUCUGCCCCUCUCUGGCGACCCCAGCAUUUAGCCAACUGAGUAUCUGCACUUGAGCUUUCUAAAUCACAAAUCCUGGACUUGGUAUUUUAAGAGCUCUCUAUUUCCACUGGAGAGUCAAGGGGAGACUCAUUAGACUGGAAAUCAUGACACGAGUCAUCUGGGUACUCUGCUGUCCAGGGAGGAGACGCCGAGGAGCAGAGUCGGGUAAUGUCGGUCGUGUGUGCAUGGGCAUCCCUUAGCUUCAGAGCCACCAACGGUGCUUGCUUCUCCCUUCCUGCCAGAUAUUGUCUGUGGACCAAGUAUUUUGGACGCACUCAUCCAAGCCUCAUGUCAUGGGAAGGCCUGGCCUCACACUCUUUCAUGCUAAUGGGGCUUCUGACCCAGGUUUCUUUUUCUUGAGCAGCCUGAGACCAGUAGGGGCAGAGAGACGGGAGUCUGUAUAAGGAAGACGCAAGUGUUGCGACCCCAGAUGUCCUUUGAUUUGGAAUGGAUAGGAUAAGCUCUCGAAGAGGUGGUGGUUAGACAACAGGAUCUCUGAAGAGCCAUCUGGGGGAGGGUGAGAGGGAAAGGUCUCCAGGUCACCCUUCAGACCAAUCGUUCCUGCACCAUCCCGCUCUGGCCUUGGCUGCUCAGCGGUCGUGUGGACGCUGGCUUCCUGCAGAUGCUGGGCUUAGGAUUGAACGCUUGUCUCCACACCCAGGGUGGGUUGCCAGUCUCUCAUUAGGCCACUAGGUCAGGCUGAAGGCUUGCACGCUUCUCAGAGCUGUUGGGAAGCAGGAGGGACUGGAGCCCAGUUGGUUUGGGCAUCACCUCCUUUGCUGUCCUUGUGCGCCUUUCCUUGACUUAGCAGCCUAGACCUGUGCUAGCGCCCAAGGCCAUUGCAGGAUGGAUUUUCCUCUGCCCUGGAGUCUCCCCGCUGCCUGUCAGCGAUGCCAGAGCUCUGCUGGGAAGGGCCGACUGGACUUGUCUACCAUUCCUGCUCUUCACCCUGUGCUCAGGGUGGAGUAGGGGAGACAGUCUUGGUAUCAGAUGAACCAAGGAGAGAGAGGUUGGGAAGAUCACCGUGGAGCCUAGAGCUCAGAGUCCCCUUGAUCUUUUGUCUCUGGGCCUUCUACUACCCUCCUCGGGCCAGGUGGCUGGUGUUACAGAUCAGCUUCUUUGCUGCUCUUAGAGGCAGGAGUGCCUAGCCAGUCCUGCCUCAGGAAGAGGGUGAGUAGCUGAAUCAAGACUUAGGCUUGUAUUUCUUCUUUCAGAUGCUUGCUCUUCCCCUUUUCUUUCUGCUGCCCUGCCUUUAUUGUUAGCAGUUACGAAAUGACCACAUAUCAUGUACUUUGCUGUAAAUAAAGACUGAACAAAAUGAGCCA